GCAGCUACCGGCCAUGUGACAACCCUCUGCCUCAUCUGCUCGAGAAAAAUCCAAAAGCAGAACCACUGUAAUCUUUUCCACCCAUGGAAAACACCAGUACCGUUAUGCGGCCACCGCCGCCACCAUAACCUCUAUCGCCCCCCUUUUUGGCCGCAACUAACAGUACUACAGUCGGUACUCCACCGCCACAAUUACCAGUCCCUAUGGAUAAUUCCAAUAUUACCCUCUUCAUGCCACCGGCGGCCUUCCCUGAUACACCAAGACGAGUCGAUUUAUCCCUUAUCGUGCUCAUACUUGCUCUAAUGGCAGUUAUCAUGCUCCCCACGCUAAUCUACGCUUUCUUCUUCGCUGUUAAAUUCCCACCCUGGCUUAAUUCCGACCGAAAUCAUCAGCAGAGCUCCGAUGAGCUCUCCACGGACAACAGCGGUGGUCCCGGUCCCGGUGCCGGAUCUGAUCGAGUGCCGGAGCCAGUUCCGGGUGUCAAGUACCAGAGGGAGUCCCAUGUGAAGGAAAUUGGAAGCGAUUGUCCAGUUUGCUUGUCGAUAUUCGCCGACGGGGAAGAGGUGAGACAGUUAACCGCUUGCAAACAUGCAUUUCACACCACCUGCAUCGAUUCGUGGCUCAAUAACCACUCCAGUUGUCCGAUUUGCCGCGCUUCCGUGACUGUAAAGAAGCCCAGUGGCAGGACGGCGGCACCAAGGAGAAGAGAUUAUUACAGUAUGCGUCAAGGUUUGCCGGAUGCGGCCAGUUUGGUUUGAAAAACAUAAAUUCUGCAUCUUAUUCUUUUUAAUUUUCUUUAAUUUGCGAAGACCAUAGUUUUGAAGUUUGCUUAGAUGGCAUAGUGCAUGGGGAAAAUAUAUUCAAAGGGAAACAAAUACUCUUCAUGAAG